AGUGCCUUGUCGACGGCCGUGCUACACACCGCUCACGAAUACGUCCAACGCGCUCAAAUGGCCAAAAACUUCCGCAAGUUGCUCCAUUUUCCAGAGCUGACGCGAUCUAUAAUAAGACCACAUAAUAUUACAUAUGAGGGUGUAGUCAGUUUCAGGCAAAUCAGCCGUGAUAUUUUAUCUGCAACAACAAUGUGAAUUUCGAUGACGAAAGAACGUCAGAUCAGAUGUACUCCAAGAUUAUGUAAUAUUUCCCUGAACAUUCCAGUCCGGCACGCGCUGUCUAGAUCGCCGAUUGGACAACAACAAAAUGUGAGUUAACUUCAUAUUAAAAUUAACAUCACGAUUGUACAAGUUAGCUACUGAUUGUUGGGACGAUAGCGCAUAUCACGUAAUUUUAAUUUUCCACUUAUGUACGUUCCAGAAGAUUUAUUCUUUGUCAUAAGUAUAAGCGUAGAAGUUAAAAAUUAAAUAAGCCAAAUAAAUAAAACCCAACUAUUAUUGAAAUCAAUAUAGUUCAUGUACCUACUGGCUGGUAUAGGCGGAAAAAUUCAACAGAUUAUAGAAAAAAUAAUAAUGUAUCUAAUAAUCUAUCUAAUAACGAUACCUUACAACUUACUGAACCUCUACCAAAGUAGUGGUUUUCCAUAAUAAUCGCAACCUUGGCAUUACAUCGAUUAAAAUAUCAGAAGUCUCAUAGUACUUUUGAGCCCUUCACAAGUCCACUGCUGAACAUAGGCCUCCCCCAAGGAAUGCCAGAAAGCACGGCCCUGAACCUUCUGCAUCCAUCGACUUCCUGCAUGUCUUACCAGGUCGUCACUCCAUCUAGUGGGGGUCGCCCUACACUUCGCCUACCGUUACGAGGCUGCCACUUGGCAUAUUACGAGCUCGUAAAUUUCACUGUACGCGAGGGUACAGAAAAUGGUUACAAAAGUGUUCGAAGUUGAAGGAAAACAUCUUGAGGAAACUUGCAUGCCUGAGAAAUUUUAAAAUAUAUUUCAAAGACAUGAAGUGCGCCAACACCCAAUAGCUGAGUACCCACCUAUCGCACAGGCUCGCGCGGCAUCCUCGGAAUGCUGCCUCAGUAGUAUUGUCCGGAACUCGAGGCAUGCCUUGCGAGGCAGACCGAGCCAUCAUAAGUCCUCGAGCAUCUGAAAUGGACAGUUGUGUAAUUGAAGCUGCAGCUACUUUCCUAGUUGCUUAUUGUUUAAAAAAACGAAAACAGCCUUUUGGAUACCACAGCAUCUUGUACGUACCGUACAGUUGAAUUAAACAAAUCGACUCAUCCUGAUUGCUCAUGAUAUUAUAUUAUUAAAAUGACUUUUCAGUAAAACUAAAACAAACACUAUACCUCGCGAUCCAAAAUACCACCGUACACACCAAACAAACAGCGAUCAAUAGCCGCGUACUGAUUGAGCGAGCAGCCUCGCGAGGCUGCCUCGCGAGGCGAAUCCUCGUUCGGUCAAGACGUGCCUCGCCCGAGGCAAACGCACGCGCUGCCUCGCCCGAGCGUGCCGCGGCCCGAGCCGAGCGUUGUCGGUUUUUGUCGAUGCUCAAAGGCGCCUCAGUACGUUUGCCGCGCUCACUCAAGACGGUAGUAUUUUACCUCGCUUAUUCGUUGCGUGUUAGUUGUGCGUCAUGGAUAAAGAACAGUGUCUUAAAUUAAUACAAAUAGUUGUAUUAAUUUAAGACACUUUUUUUUAUAUGGUGAAUAUAGACGACUUUGGGAUGCGCAAUGUCCAGAUUACAAAAAUGAGGACUAAAUAAGCCAGGAAAUGAACCUUCCAAUAGCUGAAUUAAAGAAAAAAAAUGGACUCUUUACUAGGUUCUUACAGGAGGGAAAUGUCGAGAGAGAAAAAAAGCCGAAUCACAGGAUCAGGUAUUUAUUAUUUAAUGUUUAUGAUUAGGGUUAACAACAUUCAUUUUAUUAUAUCCAAAGUUACACCGGUUUUCAUAUAAUUUCUAAUACUUUUUUUAUUUUAUACUGCAGGUCGUGGUGAAAUAUAUGUUUCGAAUUGGUAUGCCUAUGAAGCCUUCAGUUUUCUGGGAGACAGAAAUCACCCAGGAAAUACACAAGAUACUUUAGGUGAAGAAAAUGCAAGUCUGGAUAAUACUCGAAAUGAUGAUGGUCAUAACGAAGAAAGAAAUGAAACUUCAAACUCGACGAUAACGGAAGAACAUAAACAAAAGUUAACUAGACCUAAAAAGAGAUCCAAAAUGAACGAAAGUGAUGAUCUUACUGAUAACGCCAUAUCUGAAGCAUUAACACUUACAACAAUGUUCAAGCGAUAAUAUAUCGGAAAAAUGAUCCCUAUAAUGUGUAUGGCCAAUAUAUAGGAAAUGAGUUGAGAAAAUAUGAUAAAAUUACAUUAGCAUCCGUAAUAUAUGCAAUAAAUAAAAUUAUCUUUGAUGCAGACAUGGAAACAUACAGUGGUUAUGGUUAUUAUUCUUCCUCAUCGACGCCAUCUACAUAUUCGAUGCCUGCUGCCUCACCAAUGCCUUCUACUUCACCGAUGCCUCUUGCCUCGCCCAUGCCUCCUACCUCACUGAUGCCUCCUACCUCAUCGAUGCCUCCUGCCUCAUUGAUGCCUCCUACUUCACCGAUGCCUCUUGCCUCGCCCAUGCCUCCUGCCUCACUGAUGCCUCCUACCUCACUGAUGCCUCCUACCUCACUGAUGCCUCCUGCCUCAUCGAUGCCUCCUGCCUCAUCGAUGCCUCCUGCCUCAUUGAUGCCUCCUGCCUCAUCAAUGUCUCCUGCCUCAUUGAUGCCUCCUACUUCACCUAUGCCUCUUGCCUCGCCCAUGUCUCCUACCUCACCGAUGCCUGCUGCCUCACCAAUGCCUCCCCCUCCUCCUUCUCCAGAUCCUCAUCAUUAAAUAUUUCUUUGUUUAAUUUUCUUAUAUUAUUUGUCCAAUUUUCUAAAUUGAUUAAUAAAAAAAUAAUAAAAAUAUGUAAUUUUAUUUUACGUUAACAUAAUCCUUUAACACCUCAAUUAUAGCAUCACAGACUUCAGGAACUAUAACCGAUAUCCUUUGUUUUGAUAUACGAAAUAGAUACUGUAGACUGGUAUAAGAAUCUCCUGUAGUCAAAAAUCUCAACGUCACUAAUAAUCUUUCCCUAGCGGAUAUUGCUUCUCGAAAAUUUGUUUCCUUCUUGCUUAUUUUGGCGUUUAUGAGAGAAUACACAUUGUCAAAUUCGAUUUUACUCAUUCGAGUGAAAUUUUUUUUUCGUCAUCGAAGCACAACUCUUCAAACAAUCUGUUCACAGCCUGUAAUCUUUUUUUGUAUAAUCCAAAAACGUUUAGUUUUCUGUUUUCUUUUUUUUUGCAAGCCUUAUGGUAGCGAUAGCUUUCCGAAUGUGCGGCCUCAUGGUGGUCUCGGACAAACUAUACGCACGCUUGGUCAGUACGCGGCUAUUGAGGCACCUUUGAGCGCGUCAAGUUUGCCGACAACGUAGGUACGGCUCGCGGUCGAGCGGUGCUCGGUCGAGGCAAGGUACGCCCGAGGCAGCCCGAGGCACGUCCACAUCAGCCGAGGCAUUGGCUCGCGAGGCUGCCGCUCGAACCUGUGCGCUAGGCGCGGCUAAUGACAUUGCAGCAGUCAUUUCCUUAUUGUCUUAAAACCCUUGCAGAAAAAGUAAAUUUACAACCUAUAUGCGUCAUAUCUAUACAAAUAAAUAAAAAUGAAAUGUCUAUUUGUAAUGUCUAAAUAACAGCUUUUACUAAAUGCAUUAUGAAAAUAUAUACGGUACUUAGAACAAAAACACAAUUUUUUAAAUUUUUGUCUGUUUGCUCCGUUUAAUCUCCAAAAUGGCUGGGCCAAUUUUGACGAGACUUUCACUGGUAUAUAGCUGAUGUUAUAAGGAGUAACUUAGGUUACUUUUACUUUCGGAAAAUAAUGAGGGUUGAGCAUCGAUCACCAAUAAAAAACAAGAUACACAAUCCCAUGCAAAAGUUCUCUAAAAACUGUCGCCAAUUGUUUUUACGUAAUCCUAGUUGAAAUAAAUAUACAUUAAUGUAAAUUCAAUCUUAAAAGAUUUGCUUAAAGUUAUUUUUACAACUGAUAUCGCUUUAAGCGAUUUGUACCUGACAAACCGAACCUAAAAGGAUAUUUUUACACAGUAGGUACAUUACAGACACAGUAAUUUUAUAUUUUGACGAAUAGGUGCAACGUGCAAUAUAAAAUAAACUGAGGAAAAGACAUUGAGUUAUAUUAUGUACUACGUACUAGAGAAGCUAUUCAAAACAAAAAAUGUGCACUACUCUAUGUCUUGGCGCAUGCGCGGGAGAUAGUAGAGUCGCGCAUACGCAGUUGCGCCACCACAGACUAACUAGUAGAUUGGAACCAAACUAAAUGACACACUGUACGUAUGUAGUUCAUUUGAACAUAGUGUAUGUUCAGAAUGCGCAAUCUAGUACGUAGUACAUAUAUAUCGAUGGGAAAAGAGAAGACAAAAAUUACUAAUGGUAGUGAAGCCCUAUGUGUAAAUGUACUGUCUUAUUAUAACUUACAGCCUUGAAGACACAGAAACGACAUUGAAAUGCUUCGGAAAGAUAGACGCCGGCAAUUUUUCCCACUCCCUUGUACGCAUUACGAAAGACGCAGCUUAGUUCGAAUGCGUGGAAUGUAGACAACAAAGAGAUAGAGACUCAUGGAUCGUCUGCGUCUGGUUGUCCGAUGGUGAAAAGAAAAAAAAAGCUAUGAUAUUAUAAAGAAGUUAUACAGAAAAAAAAUUCCAUUAAGUAAAUCAAUAGGUAUAAUUUAAUUAAAUACCCUUACGAAGGAAAAAAAAAUAAAAACAUCUCAAGUUUAAAGUUUUCACAAUUGAUCUUAGGAUAAGACUCGCGCGCUUGCGACAAGUGCACUUUCCAGUGUGCAUGUAUGCGUCUCAAGGUCAAGGUUGGCACGUGUGCGGCGCGAGGGACGGGAGGGGACCAGUCCCUUCUGUUCGACCCUUUGCGUCUCUUUGCAAAUAUUUUAAAUCGUUCCCCAUCAAAUACCAAGGCAGUUUCAAAGUUAUAAGUAGGUAUAUAGGUCAGAUUCUUUGGGUGAAGGAUGACGCUUGUGUUUUGUUUAUUUUUUUUAGCAACCAGUUUUGCAAUGCUUCUGCUUAGAGUUGUGUGAGUGUAUCGUUAGUAAGCGUCUUUUCGAAUUUGUUUUACUUUAUUUUAGUGGGUGCAUACAGUAAAGCUUAAGACUAUUUAUAGUCUGCCUUGUGGCAUGGUGCGAAUGACAGGCCACGCCUAUGAAAUUUCGUAUUUUUUACAUAAACUGUCAUACAGAUAUUGUUGUACUUCAUGGAUGGGUACCGCCCACUUACGAUAGUGAUGUGCCACGCUAAACUAUACCAUGCCAUAACGAAUAACCACAGACUAUCAAAAAUCGGUUUUGAAAUAAAACGAAUAUAUAAAAAUCACGUAAAUACUGAAAAUUACAGAUGAUGGACGCCAUUUUAUUUGAUUAAAUGUCAAUAUGAAUGUUGCAAUCAACAUGAAAUAGAAGCUGAUUUUUAUUUUC